UUCCGUGGAUAUGGGCGCCGUGAACCGAAGUUCGAGUAGAGGCAAAGCAAAAGUCACCUCCGACGGUUCGACCUCACGCGUUUCUCGAGGAAGACACUCCGUCUCUUCCUUUCCUACUAUCCCCGAUCACUUAAUCGGGGACGCUAUGACGGAUGAAGAAUUCGACCAGAUUUAUUCUGGUAGAGAGGACACAAAUCUCCCCACUCUUGAUAGUGUAUUCGAAGAUAUUGAUGAAGCAAAUCUGGAUAAUCUGGACGGGGACGAUGAGCCUACACCGCAGGGCAACGACGUCGACGUGGAGACAGAAACAAAAGAUGGCGUAGUUUAUGGAACUUGUAAACAUUGUGGGGCCGUCAUAAAAAUGGGAGUCUCCGGCGGUUAUGGCGGUCCGGAAAAACACCUAAGGUCGAGGCAUCCCGUGGAGUUUGCCAAAUACGAGGCAAAAAAGAAGGGACGACAAGAAGUGCAAACCCAAAUUUCUCGGUUUGCUAACAGAGGGUUAUACGACAUUGUACAAGAAGAAACAUCACCACCUCCGCCCCCGAAAUCAAAAAAAGGUUUUGCCGGAAUAGUCGGUGGGCUUCUUGCAAAGAAAGGGAAACGUGCUCAUUCUUCAACGAGUUCAAGUGAUACAACAGUAAGCUCGCACAACGAACUUGCUAUGUACCAAGGUGUGCCAUGCGAUUACGAUGAAGACGAAGUGGAUUUUGACGUGCUCGGAUGGUGGAAGCGGAACGAACACAUGUUCCCAUGUCUCGGCAUGCUAGCAAGACAAGUGUUAUCCGUUCCGGUAUCAACCGUAGCAGUUGAACGAGAAUUCAGUGCUGGCGGCAACAUUCUAACUGACUUUCGAAGUUGUCUUAGCGCUGAAUCUCUUGAAACACUUGUUUGCAACCAAGAUUGGCUCUUGGCAAGACGCCGAGCUCAAGAGUCAACGUACCAACUCGAAUCGGAGCAUUACAUGAAUGCAACAACAGAUGGAAGUCCGAGUUCUGAAGAAUAAGUUAUAAUUUUUUUUGUUAAUGUAAAUAUGUAAUUAGUUUUUUUUAGCUGAGCGAUAUAUAAGCUCCUUCGAGGGUUUCUUUACGGUUCUUUACCUCGUCGCUUUUUUUGAAAGGUCAGGAUAUUAAAUGUGGUUGUUCUUC